AUGCGGGCGAGCAGCGAGGAAAAGGCACAAUGGCGAGACAAGUGUCGCAGAAAGUUAGCAGGCCACAUCAUGGAGCGUGUCGGCAUUGCCAUCGAGCCAUCUCAAGUUCGAUUGAUCACUGGCAGGGACGACCAAUACCGUUGGCGGGUGCAUCCGCCCGUGGGCCAUCUCUUCUCGAAGCAGCUUAGUGAACACGACGUUGGAGCGUUUAAAGCUCUCUGCCAGGGACUCGGAAAAACGUUCGACGCCGUGCCUCGAAAUGAGGAAAUGAGCAUCACACCAUCCAUCGAAGGUGGGCCAGUCCGCCUCUCUAGUAGUAGUGCGCAGACAUCUCUCAGUUCUCGCAUCGACGAACUUCAAGAGCUGAACGCCGAAUUAGCCAGUCAAAUCUCUGAGCUCCAGGAACGCGUUGCGUCCGCGAUGGUUACCAAAGAGAGAUUGGAGGGUGAGAUAGAACUUGUCAAUGAAACGAACCGCCUAUUGAGGCAGGAGAUACAAAAGAAGGCGCUUGAAAUAGCCUAUUUCCGGGACGCAAGCUACAGAUAUGCCGAGGGUAUCAGGAAGAUGAUACCCAUCAUCGAAGGGCUAAAGAAUACAGCUACUUUUACAGCAGAUGGAUGCUUCUAACGCGUCUUGGUUUUGCAGGGGCUGAACGGCGUUGUGGCGAAGCGCCCUACAUCCCAGACCGGAAGGGCAGCCUAGAAAAC